UUUACUUCUAUUUUUGUGGUUUAUAAGUUGCCGCUUACUUUGAUUUUUUGAAGUUUUUUAAUCUGAGUGUCAGCUUCCGGGUACAGUUGAUGCAUUCUUCGCUACGAGACUUUUUCGUCGGUGGAGGAUGCCUCGUCGUGUUUGGCUUGAGCGUCACAUUGAACGACCAGCUGGAUAACAUGCUACGGCUUGUACCUACGAUCCUGCCGAACUCGCUCACCUAUUAUUUUUCAAUCAGCAGCGCAAUCAUCGGACUGACUGUUGCCGGGCUGGCCCUUAUUGCCUUCUUCGCACUUGCCACAGUCAACAAAUACCUCCUGGCGGGAUACAUUUUCGGAAUAGUCGUCAUGCUGAUUGUAGAAUGCACCGCUGUCAUUUUCCUCGCUGUCACGCCAAAAUACAUCGGCAUCCACGUAGAUUCAGAAACGCUCGUUGACAACUGGCAACGCAACUAUGGAGUUCCGGGCAGGGAGCAUUACACCGCUUCAGUGGAUAUGAUUCAGACGAUGUGGGACUGCUGUGGUGUAGAAAAUGGCUUGGAAUACAGCACGUCUUGGUGGUCCCUGAGGGAGUUGGCGUCGCCGGGGCUCGUCGUGCCUUUGUCCUGUUGCAUUCAACAUUCGAGCAAGUCCUAUCUCGAUCCUCAGCCAGUCAACGUGACCCUGUGUCAAGACAAAAACCCGGAGGCGCACACCUUCGGCCGGCACACCGAGGGGUGUUUUAUGCCUCUGAAGACUUGGCUUUCGCAAGAGGUGAUGUUGAUCCUGUACGCGGUGGCGAUCAUCAUACUCUACCAGCUGUUGUUGCUCUUCCUUUCCAUCAUCGGUUGCUUAAAAUUAAACAAAAAACUGUCAAAAUGAUUUGUCCCGAGACACAAUAUGAACAAAAUUAUGAAAAUGCUCGUGCUUGAAAAAUAACAAGUGUACUAAGUUUUCCUACGUUGAUUUAAAUAGUGAUCUCAUUUUAAAUCUAGUUUACACAGUUUUUAUGAUCUCCGAAUUUAAUUUAUAUAUUUAUUUAAUUAAACAAUACAGUGAAAAUGGUACCAUGCAGAACAAAAAAUACUGGACUGCCAAGUUGUAUUGUGUCUGAAAAAUAUAGGAAAUUAAGAAAACAUUAUAGGCUGUCUCUG